AAAGACUUCCGGAUUUAACACCAAUCAGAUUCUCUUCAGACCCAAAAACCCAUUUCAAUCUCUACUUCAAAAGCCAUCCAAACAUCUCCCAAAAGCUCAAAGACAGGAAAAUGGCUGAAGUGCAAAGAAAGAAGCAAGGAAAGAAGACAGAACUGAAUAUAAACGCUGUGAUUGGAGGAUUUCUUGUAUUGGGUGGAGCUUUAGCUGCUGCUGCUGUGAUAGCUGUUUUCAAAAACAAAAGUAAAAGGAAACCUAACAACAGAUCUAAGAAAGACCCACCUGCAAAUCCAUUAGAAGAAGUGAAUUGCACCAAGAAUAAAGAAGAUAUUCAAGGACUUCGAUCUCUCCUUCAAAUUCCAUCGCUGUCUGAUGAAAAAGAUCAACGAAAGAAAGAAGCGUUGAGGAUUUGUUCGACGCAGGUCGGUUCUCGUGGACCGGUGACGAUUGAGAAUCUGAUCUGGGAAAAGGAAUUUGGUUUGAAAAGCAAUGGGGAAGAACAGACACCCACCUUUGAAGAUCAUGGGCCUGUGUUGGAUAAUUUGAAAAAGAGUCCUCCAGAAGCUGAUGAUUAUGAUAGUAAUAAGAAUGGAAUUCCCAUUGAUGUUGAAGGUGUGAAUUUGGGUGUGCUUGAAAAUGGAAGCAUGAAAAUUGUUGACAGUAAGGAAGAUCCUAUCUACCUGCCGUUAGUAGAAACAGAAGUUGUAAUUGAAGAGAGUGUGGAGAUUCCAGAAGAAACUAGGAUUGUCCAUGUAGAAGAGAGGGUAGUAAAAGAGGAUGUAUCAGUGCAGGAAGAAGAAGACGAUGAUGAUGACGAAGAAGACGAUGACGAUGAUGAAGAAGACGACGACGACGAAGAAGACGAAGAAGAAUCGGUUGAGGAGAAAGAAGGAGAAGGUUCAGAUGGAACAGGAGAUUCUUCAAUGGAUUCGAAUGCUGAAGCAAUCUGGCCAGCUGAAUCAUUGGAGAUAAGGGAGAUGAAAACAACCCGUGUGGAGAUUUCUGGAAAGAAGGGUGAAAAAGAAGCUCAGAAGGCCAACAAUGGUGAGGUUGUAAAAGGAACAAAUCAAGAACAUGAAGAAAAUGGUAAGCUCGAAAAUGCAAGGGAGACUAAGGAAAUCAUGGGGAAAGAGAAGGGAAUGGGCACUCCAAUAAUGGAAAUGGAGAUGUCCGCCCGUUCAUCUUUGAUUUCAAGGCUUUUGCUGCUGUCGAUGAUAAUGGGGCUAGCAGUUCUUUUCCUCAGCCAUAUUUUGUCAUGCAAUCUCUAUGAUUUUUCAAAUACUCUUCCAAAGUUUUUCUAACUUCCCCUGUUCAGAAUCACAAAUGGGUUCUUCAAAACAAAACAAAAAAAAAAAAAAAAAGCUUCCAGUAUGAUUGUGGUGCAAUGUUUUUCCACUCUGUUCCUGCUGGAACUUGGAUUUGCCUGUUUAGAACAUAAAAUGUCUGGAUAUCAAAGCAUGGGAAAUGAUCCAAUGUUGGGAGCCAGUAGCCGAUAUCUGGUGGAUUUUGUUUUAAAGGGGGUUUUGUUAGACUUUGAGCAGCUUAUAACACCAUUAAUUGACAUAUGUACAUAUUUAUCCAGUGCAUUAUAUUGAGAUUUUUCAAUGUUUGUGUUCA